AUGGCAGCUUAUAACGCUGCAUCCGCCACUAAGCCUUCUUUACCUGAAGACACUGGGUUGAGCUAUCCAAUAAGGGAGGGCGCAAUCGAGGGAUGCGUCGAGUACAACGCCGCUAUCGCGCCGAUGACUUGCAAAUCAUUCCUGGCUUUGAAUAGAAUAACCAUAGCACAGCUGUUCAAAUGGAACCCUGCUGUCGGUGCCGACUGUAGUAACUUAUGGCUUGGUUAUCAGUACUGCGUUAGUACAGAUGCUGUGCCUACCGAUAUCGCGUCUAGCACUGAUACGCCAACUACAACGCCAACGCCAACUAAAACUACAUCAGCAACCCCAAGCCCAACGGCCCCAAGCGCUCCAGUCCCAACGCACCCCGGUACUAUCGAGAAUUGUGAUGAAUGGCAUGUUGUUGGAGGCAGUGAUACGUGUUGGUCUAUCACGCAGGAGUAUGGUAUCACGCUCGACCAAUUCUACAAGUGGAACCCGGCGAUUCAAAACGACUGUGGUACCAAUUUCUGGCCGACGUAUGCGUACUGCGUAGGGGUUUCGGCCUGA